CGUUGCAACAAUCGCGGUCACACUGGCCACACGGGGCAGAAUUAGGCGAAAAUAGGCAAAUAAAAUUUCGAGUGACACAAAUUCCGUUCCCAUUGUCGCAUGCGAGUGCAUUUAACGGCUGCAUUAAUCAUUCCGGGCUUAUGUAAACCAACGGGGCAUCCAGAACCGAAAUUUCCGGCCCUCAUCACCUAAGGGGCGAGACGUGUGUCUGGUAUAACCACAAAUUUUCUUUUUUCACUGCUGCGCCUCUCCUCUGAGCCGCCCCAAAUUUUCGCGAGUGCGACGACGGUAUCGGAAUUAGCAUCGGGAAUCGGGAACCAGGAAUUAGGAAAUCGAAUAACACAAAAUAAAUAAACACAAAACGGACUCCCGCAAUCAGAAUAGUGACCCCAAUUCGCAUCCGUAUCGGUUUUCGGUGGAAGAAACCCAGUGCAGUGAGUGAUUCGCUCGUUAAAUGACCGGAGCGACCCAGGCGAGGAUUAUCCACGUAAACAGCUGCCUGAGUAGAGGUCGCGCCUAGAGCCCUUCCGAUCCGAACAGCGCCAGAAAGAGCCAGAGCUGUGAAAAUGUCCGCGGAACGCGAGAUCCCCGCCGAGGAUAGCAUCAAGGUGGUCUGCCGCUUCCGACCGCUGAACGACAGCGAAGAGAAGGCCGGCUCCAAGUUCGUGGUCAAGUUCCCCAACAAUGUGGAGGAGAACUGCAUAUCCAUUGCGGGCAAGGUCUAUCUGUUCGAUAAGGUCUUCAAGCCGAACGCCUCCCAGGAAAAGGUCUACAAUGAGGCGGCCAAGUCGAUUGUCACCGAUGUCCUGGCCGGAUACAACGGCACGAUAUUCGCCUACGGCCAGACAUCGUCCGGCAAGACGCACACGAUGGAGGGCGUGAUCGGGGAUUCCGUGAAGCAGGGCAUAAUACCGCGCAUCGUCAAUGACAUCUUCAACCACAUCUACGCCAUGGAGGUGAACCUGGAGUUCCACAUCAAGGUCUCUUACUAUGAGAUCUAUAUGGACAAGAUCCGUGAUCUGCUGGACGUCUCCAAGGUGAACCUCAGCGUGCACGAGGACAAGAAUCGGGUGCCCUAUGUCAAGGGAGCCACGGAGCGGUUCGUCUCAUCGCCGGAGGAUGUCUUUGAGGUGAUCGAGGAGGGCAAAUCCAAUCGUCACAUCGCAGUAACCAACAUGAACGAGCACUCUUCACGAUCGCACUCAGUAUUCCUCAUUAACGUCAAACAGGAGAAUCUGGAGAACCAAAAGAAGCUCUCCGGCAAACUCUACCUGGUCGAUCUGGCGGGUUCCGAGAAGGUUUCCAAGACAGGCGCCGAGGGCACGGUCCUCGAUGAAGCCAAGAACAUUAACAAGUCGCUGUCGGCACUGGGCAAUGUAAUCUCUGCGCUGGCGGACGGCAACAAAACGCACAUCCCCUAUCGCGACUCCAAGCUCACGCGCAUCCUGCAGGAGUCGCUGGGAGGCAACGCACGCACAACCAUCGUCAUUUGCUGCUCACCGGCUAGCUUCAACGAAUCGGAGACCAAGUCUACCCUGGACUUUGGUCGACGAGCCAAGACCGUCAAGAAUGUGGUCUGUGUGAACGAGGAGCUCACCGCCGAGGAAUGGAAACGGCGCUACGAGAAGGAGAAGGAGAAGAACGGCCGGCUCAAGGGCAAGGUGGAGAAGCUGGAAAUCGAGCUGGCACGGUGGCGAGCCGGCGAGACCGUCAAGGCGGAGGAGCAAAUCAACAUGGAGGAUCUCAUGGAGGCCAGCACGCCCAAUCUCGAUGUGGAGGCUGCCGCUGCUGCGGCGGAAGCGGCGAAGGCCGCCCAGCGAACCGCCCUCGCCAACAUGUCCGCCUCGGUGGCUGCUAACGAGCAAGCCAGGCUGGCUUCAGAGUGCGAGCGACUGUACCAGCAGCUGGACGACAAGGACGAGGAAAUCAACCAGCAGAGCCAGUACGCCGAGCAGCUCAAGGAGCAGGUGAUGGAGCAGGAGGAGCUCAUCGCCAAUGCCCGGCGGGAGUACGAGGCUCUGCAGACCGAAAUGGCGCGCAGCCAGCAGGAGAACGAGUCGGCCAAGGAGGAGGUCAAGGAGGUGCUCCAAGCUCUCGAAGAGCUGGCUGUUAACUACGACCAGAAGUCUCAGGAGAUCGAGAACAAGAACAAGGACAUCGACGCCCUCAAUGAGGAGUUGCAGCAAAAGGCGACGGCGCUGAACACCACCGGUACGGAACUGCAGCAGCUCAAGGACAUGACCUCGCACCAGAAGAAGCGUCUCUCCGAAAUGCUGGCCAAUCUGCUGCGCGAACUUGGCGAUGUGGGCCAGGCUCUUGCCUCUGGCGAAUCGGCUAUCGACCUCAAGAUGAGCGCUCUCGCCGGCACAGAUGCCAGCAAGAUGGAGGAGGACUUCACCAUGGCUCGUCUGUACAUCAGCAAGAUGAAGACGGAGGCGAAGAAUAUUUCGCAGCGUUGCGCAAACAUGGAAACCCAGCAUUUGGAUUCCAACAAGAAGAUCUCGGAGUACGAGAAAGAGCUGGCAGAGCUGCGUCUACUCAUCUCCCAGCACGAGGCACGCAUGAAAUCGCUGCAGGAGUCGAUGCGCGAGGCAGAGAACAAGAAGCGCACCCUCGAGGAGCAGAUCGACUCGCUGCGGGAGGAGUGCGCCAAGCUCAAGGCCGCCGAGCACGUUUCCGCCGUUAAUGCCGAGGAGAAGCAACGGGCGGUGGAGCUGCGCUCGAUGUUCGACUCACAGAUGGACGAGUUGCGAGAGGCCCAUACCCGCCAGGUGUCCGAGCUGCGCGACGAGAACGCCGCCAGGCAGCACGAGUUGGACGAGAUGAAGGAUGUCCACCAGAAGCUGCUCUUGGCCCACCAGCAGAUGACCGUCGACUACGAGAAGCUGCGCCACGAGGAGGCCGAGAAGUCCAACGAGUUGCAGACCAUCAUUCUCACCACCGAGCGACGCGAACAGGCACGCAAGGACCUCAAGGGCCUGGAGGACACCGUAGCCAAGGAGUUGCAGACGCUGCACAACCUGCGCAAGCUCUUCGUCCAGGAUCUCCAGCAACGCAUUCGCAAGAACGUGGUGAACGAGGAGAGCGAGGAGGACGGCGGAUCCCUUGCACAAAAGCAGAAGAUCUCCUUCCUGGAGAACAAUCUCGACCAGCUGACCAAGGUGCACAAGCAGUUGGUGCGGGACAACGCCGACCUGCGCUGCGAGCUGCCCAAGCUGGAGAAGCGCCUGCGCACGACCAUGGAACGCGUAAAGGCUCUGGAGACGGCACUGAAGGAGGCGAAGGAGGGCGCAAUGCGAGACCGCAAGCGCUACCAGUACGAGGUGGAUCGCAUCAAGGAGGCGGUGCGACAGAAGCAUCUGGGCAGAAGAGGGCCGCAGGCACAGAUCGCCAAACCGAUCCGCGCCGGCCAGGGCGCCAUCGCCAUCCGUGGCGGUGGGGCCGUUGGUGGCGGAGCAGCGCCGCAGGCUAACAUUGUCAACUCGUAGAUCCGAUCGCCCCGUCACCCGUCGCCGCCCAGUUCAGCUCCGCUUUAAACUAAACUAUGUGGAUUACGUUAAACAUACAUACUUAACAUAACUGAUAAUUGCCUUCGCUUAGAGAGAUUUCGUGUCGCGAUCGUGUGCAGCGCUUUAAAUAAACAUACAUAUUUUAUAUUAUUUAAUUAAAUGAAUGCGUGGAGCCGGAAAUUAACUAAAUUUUACAAAACGAAAAUAAUAAAACCCACAGAUAUGUAAGGACAUCUAUGUACGUUAAGAGUAUUUAUAAACUUUUCAAACAUAAACCUAAAUAAAAGUCGCAGACAAAUUAA